GACGACGACGAUGAUGAUGAUGAAGAAAUUGGAGAAAAUAUUCAUUUACUUCAACAGUACCAGCAACAAUCAUUCGACCUACAGCACCAAAACCGACAACAACAACAACAACAACAACGAAGACGACGACGAGUUAAAGUCGAAUUGAAACCAGCACCAACACCACAACAACUACCACCACUAAAUACGACGAUCAAGACGACUUCAACUAGUUCAAAUGAUCAAAUCAGAAACACUUUGAUUUUAGCACCGAUUGUAUCAUCAUCAUCAUCAUCAUCAUCACAGUCAUUUUCACCUGUGUAUAAUCAAAAUAACAACAACAAAACGGCGUCAAUUAUAAUACAAAACGAUUCUAGUCGUCGUCAUUGUCGUCGUAAUAAAUGUAAAUUGAUUGUAAAUCAAUUCGAUUCCGGUUCGUCAACAACAAAAAUAUUGCCAACGAUUAAAACAAUACGUGAAACAUAUAGAUCUGGAAUAAUUGAUUAUCGUCAACAACGUCGACGAUCACAUCGACAACGAAAACAUCAGCAUCAUCAUCAUCAUUAUAUGAUUGCGCCAAAUACGACAACGACAACGAAAUGGAAAAAGGAUUUUUGGCUGAAAUUCUGGUCACAUCAACGACAACAACAACAACGUCAGUGUCAACGUGAACAUUUACAGCUAUUAAAAUCAAUUGAUGAUAAUUAUGAUGAUGAUGAUGAAUAUAUUGAUAUUUGUGGUGAAAAUCAAUCAUCAUCAUCAUUAAUUGAUGAUCAAUCACAACGGUAUUCAUAUUGUUAUUAUAAUUUUUUCUAUUUUCCACCAUACGUUCGUCCAUCACUUAGUUUAAAUCAUGAUGAUGAUCAUGAUCAACAUCGAAAAUAUUCAUCAACAUCAUCAUUGAAUACAUUGAUACCAACGGAAUCAUUUGAACAAUCAAAACUAUCGAAUAUCGGUAUCGAUACCGAUAUCGAACAUCAACAACAACAAUUGAAUUUUAUGCAAUCAAAAUCAUCAUAUCCCGAAUGUUUAUUAAUGAAUGGGAAAAAUUCUUCACCAUUUGAUUCACAACAACAAGAAUAUCGAAAUUAUUCUAAACAGUAUCAUUUUUAUAAUAAUCAACAACAAUCGAAAAAAAUAUCCGAUACUAUCGAAACAACAAUCGUCAAUGAUUUAGAUUCGAAUGAAAAAACAUUCGAACAAUCAUCAUUGAAUAUAAAUUAUUCGAUUCCUCCAUCAUCAACAUCAUCGACAUUAUCAUCAACGAUUCAACAACAAUUAUCAUCACAAGAAUCAUCAUCAUCAACAUCAUCUUCAUCGCAAUCGGCAACAACCAUAUGUUUAUCAACAAUCAUGGAAGUAUUACCAUUGAUUCUAUUAUUAUCGAUGGGUGUUAUCAUAUCAACUACAUGUGCCAAAUAUAGAUUUCAAUCAUCAACAACGAAUUUUGUUUCACCAUCACCAUUAUCAUCAUCAUCAUCAUCAUCAUAUCAUCAAGAUUAUUUGAUGAAUAUUUUAAGAAAAAAUUCAACUACCUCAUCACCAUCUUCGAAGACGACGACGAUGAUAAACGAUUCAAAUUUGAAUCAUAAUGAUAGACAAAGUGAUGAGAUCAAUAAUAAAAAUGUUGAUGAUGAUGAUGAUGAAUUUAUGAAUCGAAUGAUGAAUGAUGAAGAAUCACCAUCACCAUCAUCAUCAUCGAUUCAUCAAACAUUGGAAAAUCGGCCACAUUAUGCAAUGUAUCAUAGUGGUAGUGGUCAACAACAACAACAACAACAACAAUCAUCAGGGAAAUCAAUGAAUUUGGCUGGAACAUCCCAACAGCAGUUAUUUGCACAACUUGCACAUCAAUAUUCAGCUAUGCAUCUACAAUGGUUAUCCAAUUCAUCUGUUACUUGUAAUGAUGGUACACGUGCCGGUUAUUAUAUACGGCCAUCACCAACAGGUUCCCGUAGAUGGAUAAUAUUUCUUGAAGGUGGUUGGUAUUGUAUGAGCAAAAGUGCUUGUGAUCAACGUUGGUAUAAAAUGCGUGAUUUUAUGACUUCAUUUCGUUGGAGCCAAUAUAAAACUGUUAGUGGAAUACUAUCAUCAUCACCAUCAAUGAAUCCAUAUUGGUGGAAUGCAAAUCAUGUUUUCAUACCAUAUUGUUCAUCGGAUAUUUGGAGCGGUGAUUCACCGGCCAAACCACCAACGAUGGCCAUGUCAUUUUUUGGUUCACGUAUCAUUGAUGAAGUUAUUGGUGAAUUAAUACGUUCACCAACGUAUGGAUUUUUGGAUUCAAAAUUCAUACUUUUGGCUGGUUCAUCAGCCGGUGCUGCCGGUGUUAUGAUUAAUUUGGAUCGUGUAGCGAAAAUGAUAUCCGAUGCUGGUUCAUCUGCUGAUGUUCGUGGUCUGGCUGAUUCCGGUUGGAUUAUGGAUUCGGAUGACCAUCAUCAUCAUCAUCAUCAAAUGCCGGUUGGAUUUACGAAUCAAGAUAAACAACAAAGUUCGUCAUCAUCAUCAAUGCCAUGUGCGGAUGGUAUUUGUUCACCAACCGAAAUGAUUCGUGGUGCCUAUAGAUUAUGGAAUAGCCGUGUACCGGAAUCUUGUGCUAAACAAUAUCCACAAGAACCAUGGCGUUGUUAUUUUGGUUAUCGUCUUUAUCCAACAUUAUCAACACCAUUAUUUGUUGUACAAUUUCAAUAUGAUGAAUUUCAAUUAUACAUGGAUGGUUUAGCAAAUCAAGCAAUGAAUGAAAUGGAACGUAUCCAUUAUAUACGACAAUUAUCACAACAAAUGAUACAAACAUUGACUAAUGUUAGCGCCGUAUUUGUUCCAUCAUGUAUGGCGCAUAUUUUAUUGACCAAAUUAGAUUGGUACAAAGUAUCCAUCAAUGGUAUAACAUUUCCAGAAGCAUUGAAUUGUUGGGAACAAACACCGGUGAAUUAUAAUAAUCAUUAUCAUCAUCAUCAUCAUCAUCAUCAUAAUCGUUAUCAUCCAUAUCAACAAAAUCAUCGAUCAAUAAUGAAUAAUGAUAAUUUCCUCAAUUAUCUUACAUUAAAAUCAAAAAAUUCUUCUGCAUAUUAUUCACAUCAACAAAAUGAUCAAAUCCAACAACAGGAAGAAAAACUGCCAAUAUUUUUGAAAUGGUCAUCAGAUUUAAAAACAUCAACAUCAUCAACAACAACGACGGCUGCUACGCCCACCACCACCACUACAUCAUCAUCUACAACAUCAACCACAACGCUUGUAUUAGAUAGUAACAAUAUUAAUAGAACAUUAGAUUUACAAACACAAUCAUCACAAAUAAUUAAUCAAAAUCAGAAUAAAAAUAAACGUAAAAAACGUAAACGACGUAAAGGUCAUCAUCAUCAUCAUCAUCAGAAUAAUCGUAAAAUGACAACAUCGACCAUUUCAACAUUAUCGAUUGAUUCUAUAAUACAGAAUGAUGAUGAUGAUGAUGAUAAUGGUAGAUAUUAUCAUCAUAAUUCAUAUCAAUCACCAUCACCAUCAUCAUAUCAUCAUUAUCAUCAAUUAUUAAAUACAAAAAUGUCACCAUCAUCUAAAUCAUUACAUCCAUAUUAUCAACAACAAUCAUCUUCACAGCAAAUUCCAUUAUCAUCAUUGAAUAGAAAUUCUUAUUGGAAUCCAUCAUUUUAUCCACAACAUCAUCAUCAUCAUCAUCAUGAAUUACGAAUGUGUCAUUAUCGUUUAAUAGAUAAUCGUCAAUUUCCCGAUCGUAAUCAUGAAUGUCCACGUUUACAAUUUAAUCAUAAUCAACCAUCAACAACAUCAAAUAAUGAUAAUCGUGAUCAUCAUUAUCGUCAAAAAUCUUAUCACAUUUGAUUGUGGAAUAAAUCAAAAAAAAAAAUUAUACGGUUCAAUCGAUUGAUUUCCAAUUUCGGAAAUAAUUGAAUAAUAAUAAUAAUAUCGACUAUAAUUGAAUUUGCAAUUGUAACAUAACAUAAAAAGCGAAAUAUUCUUGUUUUUCAUUCUGUUUCGAAUCAAUGUGUUUUUCGUUCACUCGUUUUUUUCUUAAUUU